AUGCUUUUCCUUCCACAACGGAUUUUGCGAAUUAGGCCAAUUAAUUCUUGUCGUCGUCCUCCCCGGCGUGCUUCGAGUCACAUACGCUACCUAGACAAUAGAAAAAUGCCUCAACACAUGUCCGUGCUUUUCCUUGGUACUUCAAGUGGUGGAGGACCAUCGGAAUCAAGAAACUGCUCUUCCUUGGUUUGCGAAUUUCUCAAAGACAGUUCACUCUGGAGUUCUGCAGUGGUGGACUGUGCGGAAGGAACUAUCCGCCAAUUUCAGUUCCAACCUUCAAAUACCUAUCAGGUCCGACCCAACAAGAUAACCAAGAUCUUCAUCACCCAUAUGCACGCUGAUCACAUCAUGGGUAUUGUUCCACUCUUGCGAAAUGUUCUAUUCCCCCCACCCGCUGGAUCUCAGCCAUCAACCUCGUCUCACCGUGCACUCGUAAGCUUCACAUUAUCUUGCAAUCGCCGCCGUAUCUUAUCCAUAUCAUUCCAGCCAAAGAUAGAAAUUUACGGACCCGCAGGCAUUCGCACCUUUGUCCGCCAAAUUAUGAAGAUGACGUUCACAAAUACAGCUGAUAACUACACUGUUCACGAGUUGUUGUCAGAAAAUGACCCAGUAACACCUUGCGACCAUGCAGAUCCCCUUCACGCCGUUUCUCGUUUUGCAAUUGCUGAGCAGAAUAUUUUGCAUGUUAAUGAAGUGGAGGGCAAGGAUAUCAGAGCUUCAGCUGAUGGUUCGUGGAAAAAUAUCACGGGUGAUUUGGGUGAUAUCGUUGUCAACGCUGGACCUAUUGAACAUCGCGAUCCAUGUAUAGGAUAUGUUUUCACUGAAACGCAGGCGCCCUAUAGGAAGAUCGUCAUUUUAGGAGACACACAUGACCCUUCUGCCAUCGCGCCGUUAUGCAUCAAUCCGUCACCAUCUUUGCUCAUUCAUGAAGCGACCGACGCACAUAUCCCAGCACAUGCCGAUGCAACUGGAAGGCUGGCCAAACGAAGACCCGAGGAGGUGCGGGAGAAGGCUUUACUGAGAGGGCAUUCUGUUCCAGAGAUGGCGGGUUCCUUUGCAAAACGAGUUGGUGCCGCCAAGCUCGUGCUAAACCAUAUCGGUGGGAGAUUUCCAGCUCCUCGCCACUCGCGCGAUGGACGCGCGAUGGUCAUUCGCGAGAUUGAACGACAAGCCACACAAGCAUGGGACUCUGGUGAACGUGCCAUGGCUGCGUGGGACUUCAUGCGGGUUUCUAUUCCGGUUGCUGAGGACAUGGGGUAUGGACGAGGAAUCGACUCUGGUGAAGGCGAGAUCAAAACCGAGGUGCUCGAGGUGGACUUUGAUUAUCGCAGUGUGUCUGCAUCCGGAUCUGCGGCGUGGUCGACGACGACGACGACGAUCAAUACUGAGAGGCAUUGGGAGGGAAAUCCAAGGAAGAAGAGGAGACCUUGA